AUGUGGAUUCGUCUAGCGCUUUUUGGGGUAUUACUAUGUUUGGCAUACGGUGGUCCCGGGAAGGACUUCUACUGGCGGCACUGUCUAAGGCGUCCGCUACAAGCCGGUGACGUCUUCACCGCCAAGGGCAAAAUUCAGGACCGCAUGCAGAGAUGGACGUGCGGUCUAGAAGCUAGCUAUGUCACCGACGUGUUUGGUCAUUUUGACCACCGGAACUUCCGGAAUACAUCCAUUCCGGUGGUCACAUAUGCGCAUCGGCUCGGGAGGCAGAAGCCCUGGCAGCCCGGCUAUCAAUACCACAAACUCCCCUUCGCGCCGGGAGCCGAAUUUGAGAUCACGAUCCGACUCAUCACCCCGACCCGAGUCCAAAUCCAGUACUCUGGGAAAGAUGCACGCUGGGGUGGAGCGACGAUUGAUAUCAAGGGACAAUCCACUCCCCUCUCGUCUGUCAAGCUUUUCCAGUGCUGCGGUGAGAUUCAAAACGUGACGAUCACUGGCACACCGUUGGCCAAAAAUGUGGUCCGUCAAUGGGACGCGCCAUGCCCAUCGUUCGCUUCGUACAAUGAUGACGAUGAGGAUGAGCAUCCUCCGACACCAAAGCCGACGACGAAGGCUCCGACGAAGAAACCGACGAAGCGACCGCAUAGCCAUGGUCAUAGCCAUGACGACAGCCACGACCACGGCCAUAGUCACGGUCAUAGCCAUGGUUCUGAGGAGGACAAGAGCUGGCCAUCGGAUGGUGGAAGAGAUAGAGGACGCGGCAAUGGAAAUCGUGGACGAAACGGUGGUCGAAACGGAAACGGCAUUGGCAAUGUUGAUGUGGUUUCCGGUGGACCGGGUCCCGGGAUGUAUUGGCGACGAUGCCUGAAGCGACCAAUGCGAGCCGGUGAUGUCUUCACGGCUCGCGGGAAAAUUGGGCCACAGAUGACAAGAUGGACCUGCGGCCUAGAAGUCGCCUGGUCAAAUCAGGUCUUUGGCCACUUUGACCACCGCAACUACAAGGGACAAGCGCCGCUGAUCACCUACUCUCAUCGUCUCGGGACCCAGGCUUGGGAGCCACCAAACACAUUUAACGUCUUGCCGUUUCUUCCGGGAACCAAUUUCGUCAUCACGAUCCGCAUCAUCUCGCAGUCACGAGUCCAAGUCACCUACGGUGGUAACAACAGAUGGCCUGGGGCCACCUUUGACAUCAAGGGAAGGCAGACACCGAUUGGGUCGGUUAGGUACUUUCAGUGCAAUGGCGGUAUCAACUCUGUGACGCUGAGCGGCGAUGCAUUGGCUGAUAAUGUGAUCCACGAUUGGCUGGCCGUUUGCCCGGCAUUCGGCUCAGACACGAAGCCACCGCCACCUCCUCCACCGCGUCCUCCACCCGCGAUGGGCCAAGGACUGGCCAGACUC